AUGUCGAGCUCAAUUCCUGGUCGCCGUGAGCUUCCUGCCUCUCAAUAUGAUCUUUCUACAUAUUGGGGACGAGUACGCCAUUCCGCAGACAUUUCAGAUCCCAGAACUUUACUCGUCAGUUCGGCAGGAUUGGAACAUGCGAAGAAUUUAAUAGCUGGAUACAAACAAGGGCGGGUGGCAGAGAUGAAUGAUGAGCUCUGGAAGGCAAAGAAGAUUGUGGAUUCGACAUUACACCCAGAUACUGGCCUACCCGUCUUUCUACCGUUUCGCAUGUCAAGCUUUGUCCUGUCAAACUUGGUCGUGACGGCGGGUAUGCUGACACCUGGUCUCGGGACGACUGGAACUCUUCUUUGGCAGAUCACCAACCAGUCUCUAAAUGUUGCAAUCAACAAUGCGAAUGCGAAUAAAUCCACCCCACUAUCUACCUCCAAAAUAGCCCAGUCGUAUUUCACAGCCGUCGGAGCCUCGUGCUCAGUCGCACUUGGUCUUAAUGCUCUCGUUCCCCGAUUGAAGAGAGUUAGCCCAGCGGCGAAAACCAUACUCGGAAGACUUGUGCCUUUCGCAGCCGUUGCAAGUGCUGGAGCUCUAAAUGUCUUCUUGAUGAGAGGAGAAGAGAUGAGAGUAGGCAUUGAUGUAUAUCCUGUCCUGUCAGAAGCAGACAAAGCCAAACUCGCGGCGGAAGGAAAGUCCGAGUCAGAGGUGGCAUCAUUGGGGAAGAGCAAAAAGGCCGCAACGCUUGCUGUGUCUGAGACUGCUUUGAGCAGAGUUCUCAACAGCUCACCGGUCAUGGUUGUUCCAGCGCUGGCAUUAGUACGACUUCAGAAGCAGGAUUGGCUCAAGCGAAACUCACGACUCACUUUACCUGUCAAUCUCGGAUUGAUUCUAGGGACAAGUCUCUUUGCUUUGCCAUUGGCUUUGGCCGCGUUUCCCCAAAGACAAGCUGUAGAUGCAUCUAGUCUCGAAGAGGAAUUCUGGGGCAAAGGAGGUGAGAAUGGGAAGGUUGUCUUCAAUAGAGGCAUCUGA